AUGGAGCCGGACGUCAGCAUCGAAACCAGUUCCAUGAUCCGGAUAGCCGUUCUCCCAAUUGGAACUAUCCAUCCAAACCUCUUCCGAAACUACGUUGCAAUGCUUGGCCGUCACCACAAGAUGGAACUCUCAGCGAUCAGUUCUUUCUACUCCCAACGCCAUAAAUCACCGUUCUCUCAACAGCCUUGGAAUUCCGGUAACCUCCGGUUUAAAUACGUGAUCGGCGGAUCGCCUCCGAGUCCGUGGGAGGAUUUCCAAUCGUACCGGAAAAUUCUUGGUGUUAUUGGAAUCUGUCAUUGUCCCUCUUGUCCUGAUCUGGACAGUGUAGUCGGCCAAUUCGUUGCGGCAUGUAAAGGAUACCCUUCUUCCCUUGUUCAACGAUGUUUCGCCUUUUCUCCUGGAGAUUCUCAGCUAGAAGAUGAAAGUAAGAAAAGAAAUAAGUUGGUGUUGUUUCCUCCUGCCGAUCAGCGAACUCAGGAAUUUCACUUGCAAACAAUGAUGCAAGAUAUUGCUGCUUCCCUUCUAAUGGAAUUUGAGAAGUGGGUCCUUGAAGCCGAAUCCGGUGGAACCCUUCUGAAGACACCUUUAGAUUCUCAAGCUAGUCUUAGCGCAGAGGAGGCGAUCAAAGCCAAAAAGAGGAGACAUGCCCGGGCCCAAAAGACCAUAGGGGAUUACUGUUUACUGGCUGGAUCACCUAUUGAYGCCAAUGCCCAUUAUUCUACUGCUCUAGAACUUGCCAGGAUGACUGGAGAUUAUUUCUGGUAUGCUGGGGCAUUGGAAGGUGGUGUCUGUGCCUUUCUGAUGAGUAAAGCAGGGGAGAAGGAUCCAACUUUAGUGGAUGAGGUCAAAUAUCGCUACAAUGGUGUCAUCAUGCAUUAUAGGAAGUCAUUUAUACAAGAAAAUGCUCAGAGGGUUUCGCCUCUCAGCUUUGAACUUGAAGCUACUUUGAAAUUGGCAAGAUUUCUUAACAGACCAUUGCUAGUUAAGGAGGUAGUGGAGCUGUUGACUACUGCCUCAGAUGGAGCUAGAUCUUUGAUUGAUGCAAGUGAUAAACUGAUACUGUACGUUGAGGUAGCUCGUCUAUUUGGAACUCUUGGUUACCAUAGAAAAGCUGCCUUUUUCUCCAGGCAGGUGGCUCAGAUAUAUCUGCAACAAGAAAACAAUUUGGCUGCUUCUAGUGCCUUGCAAGUAUUGGCAUUGACUACAAAAGCUUAUCGUGUCCAAAGUAGAGCUGCCACUGCCAACCACAAUGUUUCCAAUGAAACUGGUCAAUAUGUUACUGAUUCUGGGAAGAUGCAUCAUCACUUCUUGGUAUCUCUAUUCGAGUCCCAGUGGAGCACAUUGCAGAUGGUUGUAUUAAAGGAGAUACUUCUCUCUGCUGUUCGUGCUGGAGAUCCUCUUGCUGCAUGGAGUGCAGCUGCUCGUCUAAUAAGAUCUUACUAUCCUUUAAUCACACCUCCUGGCCAAAAUGGACUUGCAAGUGCCCUUACCAAUUCAGCCGAGCGGCUUCCUUCUGGAACUCAUUGUCCUGAUCCUGCCUUGCCUUUCAUAAGGUUGCAUUCAUUUCCUCUCCAUUCCUCACAAACAGAUAUUAUAAAACGAAAUCCUAAAAGAGAGGAUUGGUGGGCAGGGUCAGCUCCUUCUGGGCCUUUUAUUUAUACACCAUUUAGUAAAAGAGAUUCUGCCGGCAGCAGUAAGCACAGCCUGAUUUGGAUUAUCGGGGAGCCAGUCCAGGUGUUGGUGGAAUUAGCAAACCCUUGCGGCUUUGACUUGAUAGUUAAUAGUAUUUAUCUGUCGGUGCAUUCUGGAAAUUUUGAUGCAUUUCCUGUCAGCGUCACCCUUCCCUCUAAUUCUUCCAAAGUGCUUAGUCUAUCAGGGGUUCCAACAAAGGAAGGGGCAGUAAGUAUACCUGGAUGCAUUGUCCGUUGUUUUGGUGUACUUACUGAGCAUUUCUUCAAAGAUGUUGACAAUUUGCUCCUUGGAGCAGCACAAGGACUAGUUCUUUCUGAUCCUUUUCGUUGCUGUGGGUCUGGAAAGCUGAAAAAUAUCACUGUUCCUAACAUUAUAGUGGUACCUCGACUGCCGUUGUUAGUUUCACACGUCGUAGGUGGUGAUAGUGCUAUAAUAUUAUACGAAGGUGAGAUUCGUGAUCUCUGGAUUAGUUUGGCUAAUGCUGGUACAGUUCCAGUUGAGCAGGCACAUAUCUCCUUAUCAGGGAAAAAUCAAGAUUCUGUUGUAUCAAUUGGCUAUGAAAUUUUAAAAUCCGCACUACCAUUAAAACCUGGUGCUGAAGUGAUUAUACCAGUGACCUUGAAAGCAUGGCAACUUGGUUUGGAUCCUGAUACUGCUAAUAAGAGCACAGCUUUUAAUGUACCGAGGCAAGCCAAGGAUGGAAGCAGCCCCAUGUUGGUAAUCCAUUAUGCAGGGCCUAUUGGAAACAAUGGAGAGCCACCAGCAAGUGAUGGUGUGGUGCCGCCUGGUCGCCGCCUCGUCACUCCCCUAAACAUCUGUGUUUUGCAGGGGCUGUCUUUCAUGAAAGCUCGAUUGCUGUCAAUGGAAAUCCCCGCUCAUGUUGGAGAUGUUCCUGAAAAUGUAUUAGAUAGUGGUUCCACUGAUUCCUCAAAACAAGCAGAUAGAUUGGUGAAAAUGGAUCCCUUCAGGGGAAGCUGGGGCUUAAGAUUUCUUGAAUUUGAGUUAUAUAAUCCUACUGAUGUUGUAUUUGAGGUCAGUGUCUCCGUCCAUCUGGAGAGUACAAGUACCGACAACUCUUCCGAAUUCACUUAUCCUAAAACAAGAAUAGACAGAGAUUACAGUUCAAGAGUACUUAUACCAUUAGAACAUUUUAAGUUACCAGUUCUUGAUGGUUCUGUUCUCAUUAAUGAUUCACGAUCAAAUGGAGGUGUGAACACGAAAGCUGAACUUAAUGCUUCUAUCAAGGAUCUGAUUUCAAAGAUUAAGGUGAGGUGGCAGUCAGGCCGGAACAGCUCAGGAGAAUUGCAUAUCAAAGAUGCCACACAAGCAGCCCUUCGAACAUCAAUAAUGGACGUUUUGUUACCAGAUCCUUUGACCUUUGGUUUUAGGCUUGCUAAAACUCGAGAUUCACCAAAAGGUUCUUCUCCUUCAGUGAAAGGUUCAGUUGUGGCAAAUGACAUGACUCCCAUGGAAGUUUUGGUUCGAAAUAACACCAAGGAUUCUAUCAAGAUGAGUCUUAGCAUUACAUGCCGAGAUGUAGCAGGUGAAAACUGCAUUGAAGGCAACAGUCCUACAGUACUAUGGGCCGGUACUUUGAUCGGUGUGAAGGUGGACAUUCCUCCACUCGAGGAAAUUAAACAUUCUUUCUCUCUUUAUUUCUUCAUUCCGGGUGAGUACACAUUGUUGGCUGCUGCGGUAAUAGAUGAGCCUAAUGACAUUCUGAGGGCUCGUGCACGUUCUGUUUCACAUGAUGAGCCAAUCGUCUGUCGGGGACCACCUUAUCAUGUUCGAGUAAAUGGUACCCUGUAAAGUCUUUUUAUGUCCAUAAUUCCACGACUACAUGCAUACGUACUAUAUAUCAUUCAUGUUCCAAUAUUUUGGUUGCACAUAAUCUUAAGAUCACCAUAGUCAGUCACAGUCACAGGGGUGGCCA